AUGGUGGGGUGUCAGUUGAGGGUACUAGUGGGUUACUUCCCGCACGAGAAGUUGAAGGCCGAGUUAGAGCUCUCUGAUUCGGAAGGCAUUCUGGAACCAACGACUCCACUCAGCCUCUCUGAACGUGAUGAAGAAGAUGAGGAUGUGGAAUCCAAGAGGUCAAGGCUCAUACAAGAGAGCCAAAUACGUGUUGAGGCCGCUGAGAAAAGUAAGCACAAGAUACGAAGGUUGGAACAAGAGGUGUUGGAGCUAAGGAAACCCAGUAUCGCUAAGUUGUGGCAAGCGUUUGUGGCCCGGGAAAAACAAGCCAAGGCCGCGACUUACGGAUUCCUAGAUAAGGUGGUUGGAAGAGACCCACCUCAUGCCGAGGUGCUGGUCAUUCAAAGUGGUCCCGGAGAUCGCAAAGCCAAAAAAAUAAGGAAGUACUUGAAGGAGGGAAAGCAAAUCUUGAAAUAUGAUGACAUCGUUUUUACAAAGUAG